ACUAGCCCGGAGCACCGGGCAUCGACAAACGACUUACCAGUUACGGUACGCGUAUACCAUUAAUUCGCAAGCCAGCCGAGCUGUCGCAACGACCUGACUCGACAAUCUGAAAAACAAAAUCAAGGCCGGACGAGCUCAAACGUAGAACUCAAAUCUCUCCAUUUUCUUCGUGUUUAAACUCGAAAUCUUUGAUUAAGGUAACGAUACAUGUAGCCACCUAGUGUGAGAUUACAUAGCACUGAUUCCGAGACCUGAAUCUCCGUCUCAUUUCUACUUUGCCUUAUUGAAUCAUACAAGACAGCUGACAUAGCACAGAUGACGUCUCAUCGGAGUAGCCAGUCCUACAAGUAUUCCAUAGUAGGAAAGAGGGCUAAGGAUGCUCUCAACAAGGAUGAACAGGAGUUAUACGAACUGUGUUGCCUAGCAGGUAUUGAGAUGAGCCCUGCAGUGUAUAGGAUCAUCAUGAAUCUCUUGAAGAUGAAUGUUUCCCCCAUAGCCAUCACACAGAUGCUGAAGUCUAUGGUCAACCCCAAGGGUUCAGUCAUGGAUCCCACCCCAAGCACUUCAUUGACCUCUCGAUCUUCUGCUUCCAGCUCAGACAUCCCAGGAACGGGAACAGGUACAUACCCAGGUCAUAGCCUUGUCAAGAGGUCAGCAUCGCACUCAGCUGUGAGUGGAGGUUCAAGCACAUCCAGGAGCUCAAAGGGUGGAUCCAGGAGUGCAACAAGCCUACAUCAAAGUGAUUCUAGUGGCAGGUCCAGAUUAACAAAGACCUCAAGUAAUACUAGAACUUGAUAUCAAUGCUUGAAUGGAAGUAAAGACUUGAUGCAGAUUAAAAUAGUAUAAUUUAAGGGGCUCCAUUAAUUUUUUCAGGCGCAGCAAGAGUUGAUGCCAUUGGAUUGUACAGAUGAAGGAGUACAUGUACAUUAGGGGUACUUGAAGAAUCAUGAAACUAGAUGAAAAUACUUGGCAUAAACAGAGGACUUUUUGACAAGCUUUGUACUUGUAGUGCUGUAAAGGGUAACAGCUGAGGUUGUUGCCUUGGCCCUUAUAUAUUUUGGGGGGAGAGGAAGAUUUAAGAUUUUUGAACAGUCUUUGUACUUUAUUUCAAGCAGAGUUGUAACAUCAACAAUUUUAUUUCUGGUACUAUGAUAUAGCUUUGCCUUUGCCAACCCAACAUGUCAAAAUAUUGCCUUGCUUUUUUUUUAGCACAAUGCAUUAUAGGUUUUAUAAUCAUUAGCAGGCAAUACAUAUAAAUGAAUAAAAUGUGUGGCUUGAUGAAUGAUGUUUCUUCCUGACUGCUAAAAUAGCAUGAAUGCUUGUUAAUACACAACCAGAGGACUAACGGUUCAAAAUACUUUCUGAGGGACCUGGUAUUGAAGAUAAAUGCCACCUUACCAAAGAGCACUAGCACACCAAGUGGGAAUUGAACCUGGGUCAAGAGAUUGUAAGACUAGCUCUAAGUUGUCACUCCUCUCCUAUAUAUGGGCAAUUCCACAUAAUGGACAUAACACUUCAGACAGUUUAAAAGCAUUAAACUUUCAUAUUUACAGUAUAAAAAACAGUUCUUGCUGAUUUAUCAGACUCAUUUUGCAUCCAGUUUGAAACAAUGAAUUUUACAAUAUUUUAUUAAACAGUUGCAGAGAAAUUGCACUUAUUGUUUCUAUUAAAAUGCAAGUUCACCCCAACAAAAUGUUUAUUUGAAGAGCAAAUCAGAACAAGCUUUAAGGACAAGUCCACCCCAACAAAAAGUUAAUUUGAAUCAAAUUGGCCACACAGGAACACUGAAUAGCCAAACAGUAAGCCCAGUUACAUCUUUCGGAUUUUGAAGUCAAACAUUUACUUCAAUGUGUAAGUAAUGCAUUGUUGUAACAUUAGGCAUUGCUGCCACAUUACCGAUUGUAACAGGGCCUCUGUUAGAGUAUUGUUAGCAAUAACGUUUCUGUGUACUCAGUACUGGUGUUUAGUAUGCAAGUGAGAGAAUUAAUGUCUGUCAUGCACGUUAACAUUUCUUUGUUAUUUUAUUAUAUCAAAUAAAUUGGAUACGCUCCUCAUAAUGUGAAAUAUUGAUGAGUCCUCUCUUAACACAAGCACUUGUCAUUGUUGUAACCUAAUGUGAAUCAAUGAAGAGUUUUUGUAUUCUCAAAUCUGCAAAAAAAAGAAAAUAUUGUAUAAUUCAAAAAUUGAAAAAAAAAUAGUGAUUGAAUGACAUCUUUCU